CCCCUCCCCGCUCCCGACGCUGGCACUAAGUAAUGGCUGUAAUGGCGAGUGGUGAAUUAAGUAAAUAAUUUUUAGUUCCAAUGUAAUUGAGCUAGAUUUAUUCGGUUAAAUGUUAUUGAUAUGAGUAACUUAUUUUUUUUAUAAGUGGAAUUUAAACAUUUCUCGUUAUUUAAAACAAAUUCAAAUUAAUAUUAGGAUACAUUUGUAUGUUAUUAUAAUUUACUAACAUGGCCGAGUAUUUGGCGGCUAUAUUUGGUACUGAAAAGGACAAAGUCAAUUGCUCGUUUUACUUUAAAAUUGGAGCUUGUCGACAUGGAGAUCGGUGUUCACGAAUUCAUAAUAAGCCCACUUUCUCUCAAACAGUUUUGUUACAAAAUUUGUAUGUAAAUCCUCAAAAUUCUGCUAAAUCUGCGGAUGGAAGUCAUUUGGUUGUGGCAAAUGUUUCUGAUGAGGAAAUGCAAGAGCAUUAUGACAAUUUCUUUGAAGAUGUGUUUGUCGAGUGUGAAGACAAAUAUGGAGAAAUAGAGGAAAUGAAUGUUUGUGAUAAUCUUGGCGAUCACUUAGUUGGCAAUGUGUACAUUAAGUUUCGUCGUGAAGAAGAUGCAGAGAAGGCUGUUAACGAUCUUAACAACCGCUGGUUUGGUGGUCGGCCUGUAUAUGCAGAGCUAUCACCUGUGACAGAUUUUCGUGAGGCGUGCUGCCGCCAGUAUGAGAUGGGGGAGUGUACUAGAAGUGGUUUUUGCAACUUUAUGCACCUUAAACCUAUUUCAAGGGAGCUUCGGAGAUACCUGUACGCGCGACGUAAAGGUGGUCGCCGCUCCCGCAGCCGAUCGCGCGAUCGCCGUCGCCGCUCGCGCUCGCGUGAGCGUCGCCGCGAGCCCCCGCGCAACUCGCGCUCCGGACGAUACUAAUUCACUAUAUCUGAUAACUUGUGCGCUUUUCCUAUCAUGGCUCUGGUAAUUAAGUAUAAAAUGGGAACUAUAAUUGCGAGUCUUUUAAAAAUUUACAGUAAUCAAGGAGUUACUUCUAAAAGUUAUGUCAUUCAGGUUAAAGCGCACAAUAACCCGACGAUUUGUAUUCAGAAUACAGCAUCCAUAGUUGAAUUUUUUAUAAAAAUUUUAAAUUUAGAAAUUUAAGGCUUCAAAUAUUAUAAAAAUAAGACCAUUUGUUUGCAGAAUAAUAUUUUUUCUUCUGUUUGCAACGUUGGUAUCAUAUAAAUGUAUACUGCAAUAUCUUUGAAAAGGUCACAUGUAAUACAAGAUUUAAAUUUUAUAAUAGUAACACAAAAACCUAUAAUAAGGCACUAAAGAGCCGCUUUGGUUCGGAUUGUGCGAAAAGUCUUGUUCUUACUUUAAUUAAUUUAGGGAAGUAAAAUAAUUUGUGAGUGUUUGACAGUUUUAUGUAAUUAUAAAUAUUUUCUUUUCGUUUUUUUUUUCUAAACAAUAAGUUAAAAAUAGUACUAAAUUAUUCACAAUUACAAUGGAGAUUGUCUUGUGGUAUUGCCGUACACAUUAUUAUAUCAUACAAUCUAAAAACUACAACAACAAAUACAUUGUAUUACAUUUAUUAUAAGUAUAUUCCACUAUAAA